AUGAAAAUGCAGGACAUAGUGUCAGUAAUUUUGGUUUUGCAGUUAAUAUUGACUGCUAAUUCAAUUAAUAUAUUCAAGAUCACUGAUUUUGGAGCAACGCGGACUAAAGACAUCAGCGAGGCGUUGAAGAAAGCAUGGCAAAAUGCGACUGAAUCACCAACCAAAAGUCAAAUCUUGAUCCCACGAGGGGAUUGGAAUUUAAGCCAAGCUUUACUAUCGGGGCCGAACAAGGCCCCGAUGAAUCUGGAGGUCCAAGGCCACCUCAAAGCGCAUCCGGACCCGGCCAAAAUCCGCGAUAAGAAGAAGGGAUGGAUCGGCAUUACUAACGUGGAUUACCUGACGAUCUCGGGGGGUGGCAUCCUCGACGGGCAAGGGCAAGAAGCGUGGAAAAACAAUGACUGCAAGACAAACGCAACUUGUGAGAAGCCCCCGAUCAACCUGGUCUUGAACGCCAUCACCAAUUCAAUCAUCCAAAGCAUCACCACCAAGGACAGCAAGUUCUUCCACGCCAACUGCAUCUGGAGCCGCAAUGUCACCUUCCAGAACUUGACGGUGUCCGCCCCGGGCGACAGCCCCAACACGGACGGCAUCCACAUGGCCCGAUCUAGCAACAUCACGGUGAUCGACUCGGUGAUCAAGACAGGCGACGACUGCAUCUCGAUGGGGGACAAUCUCACAGACGUGGUCAUAAAGAACGUGACAUGCGGGCCCGGGCACGGCAUCAGCAUCGGGAGCCUGGGGAAGUACCAGAAAGAGAAGGACGUGAAGGGGAUAAGGGUGGAGGGGUGCAUCUUCAACAACACCACCAACGGGAUCAGGGUCAAGACGUUUCGGUCUUCUCCGGUCAACACCAGGGUCUCGGAUCUCCACUUCAUCGACCUCACCAUGGUCAAUGCGGCCAACCCCAUCAUAUUUGAUCAGAAUUACUGCCCAAACAAACAAUGCCCCUCGGGUUUACCUGGUUCCGUCAAGAUCAGCGGCGUUGAGAUCAACAACGUCACCGGCACCAGCGCCACACAGGACGUAAUCACGUUCAACUGCAGCAGCCAAGCUUGCCAAAACAUCACCAUCGGAACAAUCAAUCUGGAAUACAAGGGCAAAAAGGGUUCGUCGGCUACUACAUUUUGUAGAAACAUUAUGCCCAAAUUCAUCAAAUUCACCAAGCAGAUUCCCCCCGUCUGCCAUUUCAAUUCAGUUUUUCUUUCAGUUAGCCAAAUUUAUGACCAAUUUAUGGAUAAUUUUAUGUAG